AUGGAUGCUGGUGAACCGUCGUUCUCCUACACUAGAAGGCUUAUGAAAAGCAAGCAUGGAGGAGGGUUGUUGUGUUUUGGAAAUAACAGCCUUACGACGGAGCUUUUUGCAAAGGAAACUACACGCUGCAGCGCUGUUGACAAGAUGCAUGGUCGCCAGAUAGACAUGACCGGACGUGUCGAUAUGAAAUGUAAUGACGUGGUGAAGUUCCAAAAUUGUCUUAAUAUAGCAUACAGUAGUAUUCAGCCUCUGUAUAACAAACUGACUACAAGAAACGCUCCAAAUAUUGAAGUGUCCCACAACAUGCGUGUUUUGAAACUACCCAGGGAAACCAAAGCAGGAACCAUAAUAUAUCGUCUGAAAGGUCACGAUUUUGACAUUCCUGAUGUGUUGACCUUUGGUAUUCGGGGAACAGGGGCAAGCGAUCUCUUGGACGUGCAAGCGGCUAGUUUUACUGAAGCCGACGUCAUUCUACGUAAAAGACCAACGGAAAAUGAGUAUAAAUUUACGGUAUUCGUCACAGAUGGCGUUCAGACAACCGAGGAUGAAUCGACUAUUAUUAUUACAGAUGUUACAAGACUUUCUUCGCCGUUUCUGGAUUACGAGCCUGUCAUACAACUGCCUGAGAAUACAGCUCAGAACACCACCGUGGGAUAUGUGUUAGCCAGAGAAAAAGAAAACAGUAAUCUGCCAGUGCAGUUUGAACUUAGGGGUUCAGAAAAGUUCUCCAUUAAAUAUGUAUUUGGUCCUCGAGGAACAAGUAAAGCUGAAAUAAAUGUCAUUCAAACGGUGGAUUAUGAACGACGAAAUAUGUAUCGACUACAGAUACUAGCUUUAAAUGCUUGGACUAAUGAGACAGUGGAUACCAGAAACAUAGCCGUGGUUGACAUUGUAGUAACGGUUGAAGACGUCCAGGAUACUCCCCCGGUCUUCAUGGAUCUUCCAUCUUUGGUCAAAUUAUCGGAAAGCCUACGACCGGGUGACAAAGUCCUUAGAGUACGUGCAGUAGAUGGAGACUUUGGAAACCAGCGUAGCAUCUCGUACAGUUUUUUACCAGACGCUCCCUGGAAUUCGUUUUUCACCAUCAACUCUUCCAGUGGAGAGAUAACAUUAGCUAAGCCUAUCAACGAGUUGAGACAACAGUACGGCGCCGCUAUCCCACUUCUUCUCGGCCUUCAGGCGAGAGAAAUAUCUCUCUCUGGAACUUCUCCGUUAGAGACGACAGCUGAAGUAGCGCUACUAUUGGUGGAUACUGAAAAUCAUCCACCGAAGUUUGCUAAUACUCGUUAUGUAGGCACUAUUGGAGAGGGAAGUCCGGCACUCACCGCUGUUCACUGGGGGGGCGCCACUAUCGCUCGUGUAACGGAUGAUGACCAGGGUAAAAAUGGAAGUUUUCGACUUUUUUUGGAUGGAGAUGCUGAUACGUUCGAAGUCCAACCGUCUUCAGGAGCAAAUCAACUAGACUUUGCCAUAUUGGUGAAACAUCCUGCUGGUAUUGACUAUGAAAGUAACGACAGAAAAUACCUGGACUUUCGUCUUGUUGUUCGUGAAACACAAGCGUCCAUUCCAUUGUCAGCUACGGCAGAGGUCAGAGUUACUAUUCUUGAUACCAAUGAUAACAUCCCUCAGUUUAAGAAACUCCGUUACGAAGCUUCAGUUUCUGAAAAUGCUGAUCCAGGAACUUUCGUUACAAAAAUUGAAACUUUUAUUCUGAGUAAGACUUAUAUAUUUUAUCUCUGUCCAAAUAGCUUAAUCUUAAACUCAGAGACUGGAGUCAUCACUUUGCGAACUCUCGAAGGAAUGGAUAGAGAAAGGGUGCCAGAGUAUACGUUGAUUGUGGAAACUCGAGACAACCUAGGCAGGGGUAAUAAGAACGUUGUGGAACUGCUGCUCCAUCUGGUGGACGCCAACGAUAACGUGCCAACAUUUUUGCAGCCUCGUUAUGAUGCAGUUUUAAACACAGAUAUGAAGACUUUUAACCAGAGGCUAAUAGUAAAGGCUUUUGAUGCGGACGAGACAGGUCCUAACAGUAAAGUGACUUACGAAAUAGUUAGCGGUAACUAUCAAGACAAAUUUCGUAUAAAUCCCAUCUCAGGAGAAAUAACGCUGAAAGAACCUUUGGUUGAAGUAAACCGCCAGGGAGACUUAAAUAACGACAAACUACCUCCCAUAACAUUAAACGUCAGAGCUCACGAUCAUGGCGUGCCCGUGCAGUCCUCCACUGUGGAAAUUCGAGUGCACAACCAGGAAUAUCUCAACCGAACCAUCAGCUUCAUUAUUCCACUGCCUGUAGAGGGCGUCCUCGACAGAAAAGACGAGAUUGAAACGUCUUUCAAUACACUCACAGGAGCGAGAGUAAACAUAUAUUCCGUUCGUCCUCACAACGAUAGUCAAGUCAGGUCCGUGGCUUCUGCCUGGGUGGCCUACCCCCUGAACUCGAUGAUUGACGUCAUGAAUAUGAAGAAUGCAAUCAG